CUGGCUCUGUGUCAUCUCAUUUAACACGACCCGAACGCAGAAACAAGGAGCCUGAUUCCUCACAUAAUCGCAUGCGGACCAUCACUUCGCCAUUGCCGACUCGAGCUCUCGCCCAUCCAGCCGGGCAUCGAAUAGGUCGAGCUUGAUUCCAGUGCCCUCAACAUCUAAGAGGAAUGGUCUUUUCAGCAGCGGCAAUUUUGCUUCUUCUGCUCCUAAAGCCAACAAUGAAGAGAAGUUCAAGAAGGGUCAUCACAAGUGAUCGAUGGAGUUUACGGAGUCAGUGGGAAGUAUUCAACAUCAGGCUAGCAUGCACGGUGCAUUUGGGGACGAGGAUAUGGUGUUGGGUCAGAUAUGUAUUUCCCUUAUCCUUUCAAUAUACCUUAUCUGGAUUCUGCAGCGAGUGAUGAGGAAUCUGUAUCGGACUUUGCUCCGCGUUUGACUGCUCCAGACAUACGACCUUUGAAUUUUUUCCCCGACGAUGCUCCCAGCGAGACAGAGACAGAGGUUCUAGUGUCUCCACCAUCCUCUCCACCAAGACAACACUCACCCGUUCAGGCACCUCAUGGCGUUUCUGUCGAUGAUGAAGCACGUCUCCAUAGAGCUCUUUCCUCAACUUCAGCGACCUCCUUCCCACCUCCUACUCCAGACUAUUCAUUAAAAUCCUCUCGGCCCCAAGAGCAGACGACACCAUCCUCUUUCACUCCGCCGGGAACGUCGUCACUGGCCAGUAUCGUCCCUCAGGAUGAAUCUUCUUUUGUCAUUCUCAACCUUGUGUUCACAACUCCGCCGUGUCGUCUUUUGUCAAGCACUUCCAUCCUUGACUUCUGCACCCCGUCUCCACCCCAUGACCUCUCCAAUCUUUCUGCUCUCCCUUCAUCUUCUGAGGAUGAGGUAGAGACGCGCGAGGCGGAUGUCACUCCCAUACGAGUCAAUGUCAAUGAGGGUGGCCUUUCCAAUCCGAACUACACAGCGAUGAACACCCUGAGACUUCCCGGAGCAUGGGCUGCUACGCCUGUACCACCCAAGCACCUGAGGGAAACAUCACCACUUCCUGCUUCGUUUGAGUUGACUCUGCCUGCACCAUCGCCACCGACGCCUUUCUCUCGAGCCAAUUCUGAAUCCGAGCGGAGCUCGAAGACUGAGUCCCCGGCAGGCAAUGGGCUACUCAUGCCAAAACCUUCUCUGUCGCGUGCCAACUCUCUUGCUUCACGCACCCCGGCUCCCCUGGUGCAUGUAUGUCGACCCCAAACCAACCUACAACGCAGCAUGGACAGAAUGGCUGUACCGAUCAGUCCCAGUUUGGUUCUAUCGGAACGAGAAAGAGCAUUCUCAAAGUGAUGUCACGGAAUCAGAGGGUUCAACUGCUGAAGUUGAGCACCAAAGAUCUCCUUCAUCCUCCGGGUGCGUAUCUGCGCCUGACUUUCUGCCCGACAUCCCUGCACGGCGAGCGGAGACC